UGAUAAGCUGCCGACCGCGUCGACACCACGACCAAGCAAGUGUUCCACGCUCUUCAUACGAACUAGCGCGUGACUCCAGCAUCUCCUUCGCCCACUUUUCGUGCUGCACAAUACGCGAUUGCAUUCCUCGUGGCUCACUAACUACCUCUUCAGCUGGUCGUACAAUUACCGAGUUCGCUGGUCGGCGUGUUGAAACGGUCGCCACUUGCAAUAUUCAUCAACUUUGACAUCCCAACCACAAGUCACAUCUCUGGGAACCUUCGAGAUGGCAUCACUUCGUCUCCGAAGUAGCAACAGUGCUACAUCACCCGUUCCAGCCUCUCCACAGCCUUACAUCGGCGUAUCAACGCCAAAAGGCCCUCCAAGCGAAGGUUCUGUCAAAACUGAUAUACCAGCUCCUCGACUGACACUCGAGUGGCAAUCCCUGCAACUACAAGUAACCGUGCAAAAUGCCAAGGAAAUGGAGCAGAAAACCAUCCUCGAAUCCAUGAGCGGCGUGGCUCGACCGGGUGAACUCUUGGUGGUUAUGGGGCCUUCAGGCGCGGGUAAAAGCUCGCUUCUCGACUGUAUUUCAGGUCGCAAUAACGCCAUC